ACGACCGAAGGCUAUUUGAGCGCUCCAAGACGCAGCAACCUGCCAGAUCCUGGAGAGCUUGGAGAGUCGCACUGCUUCACUGAACAGAGCUUGUAGGAAAUCCCAGCUGCAGACAUGGGUCGUCAGGAGGGCGACUACGCCUGGAAGAAGAACACGGAAAACAUCCAGGAGAUUUUUGACUUCAUUGAAGAGUUGGGAUCGGGGGCGUUCUCUGAGGUCUUCAUGGUGAGAGAGCGGAAGACAGGAAAGACGUUCGCUAUGAAAUGUAUAAAGAAGAAAAAGAAGAGGGACAUCAACCUGGAGAACGAGAUCGCUGUGCUGAGAAAAAUCCAGCAUGAAAAUGUUGUUGGGAUGGAAGAUUUCUACGAAAGCCGGACGCAUUACUAUCUCAUCAUGCAGCUCGUUGCAGGUGGCGAAUUGUUUGACCGUAUUCUGGACCGAGGCGUUUAUUCAGAGAAGGACGCCAGCAGGGUGAUCCAGCAGGUGCUGGAGGCCGUCGGCUACCUGCAUCAAAACGGCAUCGUCCAUCGAGACCUCAAGCCAGAGAACAUCCUCUAUUACAGCCAGGAUGAGGACUCUAAGAUCAUGAUCAGUGACUUCGGCCUGUCAAAGAUGGCGGAAAAUGGCAUCAUGUCUACAGCCUGCGGAACCCCAGGUUACGUAGCGCCUGAAGUUCUAGCACAGAAGCCCUACAGCAAGGCAGUAGACUGCUGGUCCAUUGGGGUUAUUACCUACAUCUUACUCUGUGGUUAUCCUCCGUUUUAUGAAGAAAGUGAAACCAGACUCUUUUCCAAGAUUAUGAAGGCGCAGUAUGAGUUUGAUUCACCCUUUUGGGAUGAUAUAUCAGAAUCUGCAAAGGAUUUCAUUCGCAACAUGAUGCAGAAGAACCCCAGCAUGCGUUACUCCACAGAGCAAGCUCUCAGACAUCCUUGGAUUAUCGGAAAGACGGCCCGCAGCCAAGACAUCUACUACUCCGUCAGCAUUCAGAUCCAGAAGAACUUUGCUAAGUCCAAGUGGAAGCAGGCCAUCAACGCCGCUGUAGCGAUCAACCACAUGAAGAAGCUGCAGAUGGCCAACACAGAGCAAACCCUGAGGAGGGUCAGCGUCCCCGACAUCAAAGUCAGCGACCUGUCUUCACCAAGAAAGCACUCCAAACAUCUGGAUCCAGAGAAGCCAGAACCCAAGAAGGAAGACGUCAACGGGAACAUCAGUGAGACGCAUCACAUGUCUCUGCCCACAAGCCACGUGGAUCUGAAGAUCCCCUUCCACCCGCUGAAGGCCACUCAGAGCCAGGCCCCCGGGCACCAUGCGCCCUCUAUAGCCGAGCAGGGGAAGAACGUGUACCACUCAGAGCCAGCCAACCUGAACGGAUACGCUAAAAACCGGAACGGCAAGACUUUACAGACAGGCGUUUGCUCUAUGAUGUGAAAGCUGGGAGACGUUUCAUCUGGAAAAAAACGAUUUUAUGGUCAGUGCUGCUGUUGUGACUCAGCAGGAUGCCUCAUGUCUCAUGUCAGCAGCUCCUUGUUGCUCAGAGGAAGAGGAGGUUGACUCCGUCGUGGACCUAAGCGGUUUGCACCAUCCACAGUCUGUGGGGCUUUUGGUCGGAAAGAGUGCCAAUAAAUACCCCCCCACGCCCACCCUCACCCUCCAAUUAAACAUUCAUCCAAGUGGCAGAAUCUGUCCAUCACCGAUCCAAAGGAAGGAAUGAUGGGCUGCAUGUGAGAGUCCCUGACCUCCAGGAAUUCAAAGUUUCCUUUAAGAGAGAAAACUUCAUUUGUUUGAUGUAUGUUUGCUCGUUUUCCAAAAUGAUUAUUUAAAAUAUAUAAAGCGCACGCAGAAAAGAGAUGAUAAUGUCCAUCCACUUCUGUAAAUAAGGAAGCUGUAAACCCUCCAUGAUUUUUUGAAAAAGUGCUCUAAGCUUCUAGAAAGCAACUAUGAUGUAAAUCUUUUGUUUUUAUUCCUCCUGUGUUUGUUUCUUUCUUUGCUCAAGCAAAUUAAUCACAUUAAGACUUAAAGUAUGAUUAAAAUGCUAAUGCAUAGUUCUGACAAGCCAUCGGCGGAUUCAAACCUAAAAGUUGAUCAUUAUUUUUAGUAAAAACUCAACUUGUAAAAUGUGAGGAUGUGUUUUUUUGUUUUUCUUGAAUCCUGUGCAGCUUUAUUGAUCUUUUCAGGAUAUUCUGGUUUGCUCAGAAA